UGUUCUGUUUUGGGCCAUAUAUCAUGACAUUCUGGGUACAAGCAUGUCAGUUCCAAAUACCAGCAGCUUGACCCCAAGCUCAUUCAUCCUCAAUGGCAUUCCAGGGCUGGAAGCAGCACAUGGAUGGAUCUCCCUCCCAUUCUGCACCAUGUACGUCAUUGCCAUCACAGGGAACUUUGGCCUCAUGUAUCUCAUCUACUCUGAGGACGCUCUGCAUCGGCCCAUGUACAUCUUCCUGGCCCUGCUCUCCUUCACAGAUGUGCUUAUGUGCACAAGCACCCUGCCCAACACACUCUUUAUCUUUUGGUUCAACCUCAAGGAGAUUGACUUCAAUGCCUGCUUGGUUCAAAUGUUCUUUGUCCAUACCUUCACAGGGAUGGAGUCUGGGAUGCUCAUGCUCAUGGCCCUUGACCGCUACGUGGCCAUCUGCUUCCCACUGCGCUAUGGUACCAUUCUCACCAACCCCAUCAUCGCCAAGGCUGGGCUCCUUACUUUCCUUAGAGGUGUGAUGCUGGUCAUUCCCUUUGCUUUCCUCACCAAGAGGUUGCCCUACUGCCGAGGGAAUCUCAUCCCCCAUACUUACUGUGACCACAUGUCUGUGGCCAAGGUGUCCUGCGGUAACAUAAAGAUCAAUGCUGUAUAUGGCUUAAUGGUUGCCCUUCUCAUUGGGGGCUUUGACAUCCUCUGUAUCACCAUCUCCUACACCAUGAUCCUCAAAGCAGUGGUCAGCCUGAAAUCCGCAGAUGCCCGACAGAAGGCCUUUGGAACUUGCACAGCGCACCUCUGUGCCAUUGUCAUCACUUACGUCCCAGCUUUCUUUACCUUCUUCACUCACCGCUUUGGAGGCCACACCAUACCACCACACAUCCAUAUCAUUAUGGCCAAUCUCUAUCUGCUCCUGCCCCCCACUAUGAACCCCAUUGUCUAUGGGGUAAAGACCAAGCAGAUUCGGAAUUGUGUCAUUAGAUUCUUCUUUCAGAAAAAAGAUGCUUCCUCUCAAAGCAUUUGAGGAACUUCUUUAAAAUGACAAUCAAAGAGGGCAGCUGGGUAACUCAGUGGAUUGAGAGCCAGGCCUAGAGAUGGAAGGUCCUAGAUUCAAAUUGGACCUCAGACACUUCCCAGCUGUGUGACCCUGGGCAAGUCACUUAACCUCCAUUGCCUAGCCCUUACAACUCUUCUGCCUUGGAGCCAAUACACAGUAUUGACUCCAAGAAGGAUGGUAAGGGUCCUAAAAUAAAAUAAAUAAAUAAAAAUAAAAUAAAAUGACAAUCAAAGAAUUGUUUGUCAGCUCCAGGAGUGGGGAAGGAAAGAAGAGAGGGAGGCAGAAUGGAUCAUAUCACUUUGGAAAACUAAUGUGGAAAUGUGUUAUUAAAAAAUAAUAAUUUUAAAAAUAAUAAAAUAAAUUGAAAUAAAAAAAAACAAAAUGCCAAUCAAAUACUGAAUGUUGUUAUUACAUGUAAGGGGGAAAACAAAAUAUCCUUGAAUAAAAAAUACCAAUCAAAGGGAAAAUAAUACAUUCUAUACAUAUAGAUUAUACUUUAGAGGAAAAAACAAACAAAACUUAAUAUCUGUCAUGUCAUAUGAUCUUUCAUAAUAACCCUGUAAGGAAAUCAGAACAAGGAUGAGCAUCAUUUUACAGAUGAGCAUAAAAAUGCUUGAGAAGUUUGAUGGUAUGCCCAAAGAGAGUAUCUUCUAAUUAAUGGUACAAUUGAGACUAAAAGCCAUAUAUUCUGUUUGUAACUCCAAUGUCCUUUUCACUAUCACACUCUCUUUCAGACAGAUUGAGGCUAUCACCUGAGUAAGGCAUGGUCCCAAGUCUUACAAGAUCCUUCCUGUGAUGUGAGAUUUAUGUUAAGAUACAGACUUCUGCUACUUCUGUUCCUUUUAGAAAAACAAACAAAAAAACAAAAAAACCAGGGAACACAGAACAUUCUGAGUAUCCCAAUGGAAACAUGCCUUUUUACUAUGUGGAAAAGGUCCACUGUGGGCUCAGCUUCUUUCUUGUGGAGGUUCUUUGAUUAGAAAAGCUUCAGCUUCAGAGCUAAACUAUUAUUAUCAAAACAAGGGUCCAAGAAAACCCUAAAGGAUUCAUGAUGAAAAAUGCUAUCCACAGCUAAGAAGGAACUGUUGGAAUCUGAUCACAGACCAAAGCAAAUCAAUCAUCUGUCACUUUAUUUCCUUCAUGAGUUUUUUGUUGUAUGUGUGAUGUAUUAGCCAUGACAUGGAGACUAUCAAAAUAUAUAUUGCAUGAAAACAC